AUGUCUUCUCUCUUCACUACCAAGAUGUUCUCAUUGUCCACUCUCGUGCUUCUUCUCCAGCUAUUCACGAUUAACCUUCGCACUACAGAUGGUCAAAAUGUUGGCGUAUGUUAUGGGACAUUGGGCGACAAUUUACCUCCGGCAAAUGAAGUUGUGGGCCUUUACCAAGAAAACUGUAUCCGAAAGAUGAGAAUCUUUGAUCCUAAUAGAGAUACUCUAUCUGCACUUAAAGAUUCAGACAUCGAGCUCAUUCUUGGGGUGCCGAACGUCGACCUUCAAGCUCUUGCAACCAGUCCUGACAAUGCUAUUACUUGGGUGCAAAACAAUGUCUUGGAAUUCUUCCCAAGUGUCAAAAUCAAGCAUGUCGCAGUUGGCAACGAAGUGGAUCCCGUCGGUGAGUUUGCCCAAUACGUUCUACCUGCAAUCCAAAACAUAUACAAAGAAAUUACGGCUAAAGGCCUUCAAGAUCAGAUUAAAGUCACAACAGUCAUUUCCACAAGCAUUUUAGGAAGCUCUUACCCUCCAUCACAAGGGUCCUUCAGAGCUGAUGCGAGAUCAUACAUUGACCCCAUACUCGGCUACUUGGUAUCUGCAAAUGCACCUUUACUCGCCAAUGUCUACCCUUAUUUUAGUUACUCUAGUAACCCUAAUGACAUAUCACUUCCCUAUGCUCUUUUCACCUCACCAAAUGUUGUCGUAUCGGAUGGUCAAUACGGAUACCAGAAUCUGUUUGAUGCCGUGUUGGAUUCGGUGCAUGCUGCAAUUGAUAGCACUGGAGUUGGUUUUGUGGAUGUUGUUGUGUCCGAGACCGGGUGGCCGUCCGAUGGAGCGCUUGGCGCCAGUAUUGACAAUGCAAAGACCUACUUAGUGGGUUUGUUUCGUCGUUCUAAAACAGGUAGCCCUAGAAGGCCUUCGAAACCCACAGAAAUCUAUCUAUUUAGUAUGUUUGAUGAGAAUCAAAAGACUCCCGAGCUAGAGAAACAUUGGGGGAUCUUCUUUCCUAACAAAGACAAGAAGUAUCCAGUUAGUUGUGUCAAAGGCAAAGAAAUAUAA